AUGUCUGAACGAUCUUGCCCAGUGUCUGGAUCACUGGGUGCUAAAUGCCCCGGCGCGCGAGCGGCAGGAGGCAGAUCUCAGCUUCGCGGACCCAGAGGAUGUUCCUUCUCUGGUUACAGCCAGCCGGGAGAUCUACACGCUGCUUUUGACAUCCCACGAGGUGUUGAUGCAGAGGAAUGGCUGAGGUUAAGGGAACGCAAAACGAUCAACGAGGUUCUUUACUCCAACAUACCGGCUCCCUCGGUCCUCAAUGCUACCAAACACAUCGACACCCUAACCGCCAGCGAUCACGACCUCCUGGCCGUAGCCCUAGGCGCCCCGGCUCGACAGGUUAUCAUCCGGGCCGAAGAGGUCGGCCCGAGGAGCGGUUGGAGAGAUGGAUUCCUCACAGCGGAGUAUGGCUUCGUGCCGCAUGAUCCCGACGUGUCGCCCGCAGCCUUAGCCGCGUCACCCGGUCGCAUAUGGUCCGACCUCUGCGAGCGCAUGCCUGGCUGCGUUGCCCGCGGCCGCGUUAGAGAGUCGGUUGCCGCUCUACCCGUCAUCGAGGCCACCGAGGACAUCAUUCCGGACGACGCCCUCUGGGCCGCAUGUGUGGUUCUCGGGAUGCUUUGCUCCAUCUAUCGAUACGAGGAGAACAAUGAUGGAAGUGAAGGCGUCAACACAUCGGCAGCAUCUUCAAGGCCCGCCGUUGAAAUGAGCGACGACGUUGUCGAGGAGCUCAAAGGCAUUCCGAGAAGCAUCGGUCUUCCUUACUUUCAAGUUUCGAAAAGAUUAGGAAGAGCCAUACCUCAUCUGAGCUUUCCGGAUCAGUCUUCGUAUAAUGUCAAGCUCCGAGAUCCUCGAUCCGUAUAUCCUUACAGAGACAGGUUCGACAAUAUUGACUUGCGAUGGCCCGUGUUUGGAGAGCGAACAGAGAUAGCUUUUCUCAAGGGCUGUGCUGAUACGUCUGCCUCUUUCCAACACGGACCUGACGCCAUCGCCAGCUGUCAAGAGCAUGUUAUGAGCAAGAACGUGGAGGGCCUUUUGCGCGAGCUGAUCCGCCUUAAGGAGAUUAUCGAAAGGAUGCCAAACGCCUUCCACUCGAUAUCCCCAAACCCGAGCUCCGGGGAGAACUUUGUUUCUGCCGAGGAGUGGGUGCGGUGGGGGCAGUUCUCUAAGCCUCUUUCCAAGCGCUGUGCAGCGGCAUCCGGGCUUCAGUUCCCUCCCUAUUUAUUAAUGGAUGCCUUCCUAGGUCGCAAGAAGUACAGAUCAUUCCUGGGCGCCGAGGGCGUUCACUUGAGGGCUUGGCAGCCGGCGAAUCUGCGCGCCUUCAUUGCUGCUGUUGAGUACCACUACAGCGUACCCGAGUUUGUAGAGAAAUCAGGCGACCCUCGGCUUAUUGGCGUGCUGGACGGGAUCGUUGAGGCAUACUGUGGUGAACGAGGCUUCAUGGGAGUGCAUCGUUACAAGGUCUAUGGAAUCCUGGAAGUUGCGGCUAAAACUGGUCGAAGCGAGACAAAUGGCGCAUCUGGGGCAGCAGACGGGCUCAAACCUUGGGAAGAGACACACAAACAAUUCUCAGAGGCAAUGAAAGAACGACUGGAGCCAUACCGUGGCGAAAUCCCCGAACCCAAUCAGAUGCGUGGGACAUUUGAAGAGUGCAGAUACCGGGCCAAAAUUCUGAGCAGGGCUUCUGUAGACAACGACCCGAACAGAAGCAUAGCAGGCGUGACUUUGGAUAUACAAAACACAGGCAUCACUUUUCAGCCCGGUGACCGGCUAGCCGUCAUGCCACUCAACAGCUGGGAGGAGUGCGCAAAGGUCGCCGCUGCUCUUGGACUGGAUGAAACCUUGCUGGAGGCCCCCGUCGAGCCGAACCAGAAAUGGACGAGGUUCUUGGGCCAUCUGAAAUCGGUUUCGCGGGCCACGUCUACUGUGGUUCCACAGCUGGCCGUCAAGGACAUUCUGAGACGGGGGCAUCUGGCGCCGCUGACAAAAGAGCUGGUCUUGAAAGUUCACGCAAUGUUACGUGCAUCGUCCACCACCGUGUUGCAGGUCCUGGCAACCGAUGAAUGGCCAGUGAGGGGCAGUCUCGGAGAUCUCUUGCAGGCGGCAGUCCUCGAGACCCCAGAGCUGAUCUGGGACCAGGCCUUUGACCUGCAGGGCGACUUUGCAUGGCUGGGUGAUCUGGUGCCCGUCGAAGUACCGAGGACCUACUCCAUCUCCAACUACCCCGACGAGCUUCUACCCAGCACCGUCGACCUGACGAUAUCCCGUUCCGAGUAUCUGCUGUCUUCGAUCUUUGCCAACAGCGACCGCAUCACCAGGGCAGGGGUAAGCAGUGGCUUCCUGAACCCCAUGGUGUCGUCUCACGACGAAACGCUCCUCCCGAUCGACGAGGAUGUCCUGGUGGGAGUCUCAAGGCCGGUAGCUUUCCAGCUCCCUCUGGAUGGUGCGGCCCCCUGCGCCUUCUUCGCCGGUGGCAGUGGUAUCGCACCGUUCAGAGGCUUCUGGCAGGCAAGGGUUGGCAACUCGGUCGGACGCAACAUUCUGUACUUGGGCGUCCAGUCACGAGAAAAGUUUUGUUAUGAGAACGAACUGCGGCAGUAUGUCGGCAGUGGGCAGAUGGAGGUCCACCUCGCGUUCUCCCGUGACUCAAGGGGUCUGGCCUACGACCCUCAGGCCCGAGAUCUUGUCGAGAAGAAGAUGCCGCCGCGUUACAUCAACGACCUGAUCAUCGAAGAGGGCUCAACAGUGUGCGACUUGGUCAUGAGCAAGAAACAGGGCGGCCUGGGCGGAUAUCUCUAUGUCUGUGGCUCUGUUUCAGUGUUCGAGUCGGUGAUGAGUGGUAUCAAAAAGGCCAUCUACUACCACAGGACGGCUACCAUGGAGAACGCGGACGUCAUUGUAAACACAGCCUUUGCAGAGCGUCGGUUCAUGCUUGAUGUUUUCAUGACACCAAAGCCACUGCCCUGUGACCAGCCAACCAUACCUCUCUCGCAACUUGCUCUCAACACAGGCCACCGCCCUGGACAGAGGAUGUGGAUUGGUGUGCACGGGUCUGUAUACGACGUGACGGACUUUUGUCCCAUGCACCCCGGCGGCACCCUGAUUAUCAGAUCAAAUGCUGGCGUGGACUGCUCCAAAUCAUUUGAUUCUCUGGGCCAUACCAACAACCCCGAGGUCAGCAGCCUGUUGACCAAGUAUUUUGUCGGCCACUUGACCCCGAGGCCCGACUUUCAAGGCAACGACGACAUCGCAAGCCUGUACGACCUUUGGGCCGACUACCUUCGAACGAGCGUUGAGACACUGGUGGCACAGAGCUUCGAGAUGAACAUCAUGGUUGGUGAGAAGCAGGACUCCCCCAUUGAUCCCACCAUGGUGUGGAGUCAAGGCAAUCUUUUCAGCAUGAAGGGCGUACGCAUGUUCUACAAGUUCCAGUCUCGCCUGCUGCAGAAUGGCUUCUCGUCGCUUUUUGGCCCCAAGUUUCAGGAGCUGGUCCUCAAGUUGUCGUUCAGUCUUGCCAACUCCUCCUCUGUCGGUUCUGUGCCACGCCUGCCGGAUGUCUUGGGAGUCAUUGCGCGUGCCAAAACUUCAGAAGAUGCGGUGGCCACAAGCAAGGAGCUAUCUUCCAUUGGGCACUUCAUCAACGACAGCGAGGGGGCGAGGUUUCAUGAGCAGGGAAUCAUCAGCUACGCCACACAGGCCAUCGAGCUGGACGUCAGCCUGUUGGAGGACAUUCGUAGUGAGGCCUGCCACGGCUUUGACGCCUUUGGUGCCCUGUCAACGCUACAGGGCACCACCUCGGAAGCCGAGACCGCCGUGGCGCUUUCCACUUUCCUGAUGCAGGUCCUCGAGAGGAUGGCCAAGCGGCUCGAGAUGUUUUACGAAAAACUUUCCAAGUUGUCCGUGUACAAACCAGAGAUCGAAAAGAACCCAGCUCGUACCCGUUGGCACCUCGUCCGCCAGCGCAUUAGCGACGGGAGCUUCUUUGUGCUCACGCAGGAAAUGUCUGUGACUGCGGCGACGCAGCUGUUCCAACCCCGUGGCCAGCCGACUGUCGACUUUGACCACAUCAUCAGUCAGGUCCGCCACACCCUCAACGUCAAAGGCGCCGCGCAUCAUGCGCAGCCGCAGCAGCAUCAGCAUCAUCAGAAAAAGAUCAUGACCCCGGCGACCACCCCGCCCCUGCAGCAGACGCCAACGCUCAACUCCAUGCACCAAUCCCGCUCGCAGACGCCGGCAGACGGCGCGUCGGCAUUUGAGAGUUACGAGAACAGGAACGCGCUCAACCGCAUGUCAAACUUUAUGGACCGCAACAUGCGCGCCAUCCGCCGUCUGUCCCGCGUCCCCUUUCUCCCUUCACACGUUGACAUCGCAAAGCACCAGCAGCAGCAUCUCCAUAAUCUUCACCACGAAAUUCCGCUAGACACACCACCACGCAGCCGCAGUUCGAGCCGAGCCAGGAUUGGCUCCCCGGUGCAGCUAGUCUGCUCCCCGGAUCUGGCGUACGCAAGUGCCCUCCUGGCUGAGCGGAGGCUGUUGGCUGCCAACCAGGGGCCGGGUCCGCAGACUGGGCCGGCCAUCUCCGGGGGCAAACCGCAGCUGCCGCCGCUGGUCACUGGAGCGUCGGCCAUGGCGGCGCUGAUGGGCAACAUGAAUUUGAGGGGUAGAUCGCCUGCUAGCUCAGGGGCCGGCAGUUCCCAUUCACGGCAGCUGUCUGCCGGAGCUGUCAGUUUGCAUGGUGGAAGCCCAGGGGGCAGGACUGGCAGGUCAAGAACGGCAGCGAGCAUGAGCGGAGGCUCGUUGAGGACAUUCAAAUUGGCUAGGUCGCAGAGCGUGCAGCCGACCUUCUGA